GAAGAAAAUGGUAAGAUGGCUGCCGAAGUCGAUGAUGAGUUGCAGUUGAUGCGCGCAUCAGCAGGACUUUUGUCAGAUCUGCAAGUUGCACUUUCGAAACUGCUGUGGAAACGAGGAGACAAAGUUCGCGUCCACCAUCUUGUUCGUUCACGCGAUCUUGACCAUGUCAUCCAGUUGAUUGAACCGUUCCAAGGAGAACCACAGUUGCUCGAUGCUCAUCUCAAGACAUUGUUGCCUCCCAUUGUCAAAGCAUAUCUAUCCUUCCUCGAAGUCUCGCAAGCCAAGACUCCUUCCACCCUCACAGUCUCUCUCGAUGUCGCUGCCAGUAAGCUGUUAUACACUUUCUGUAAGGUCCGAGGAGAGAAGAUCAUCAUCGGCUUCCUCAACAAUGAACCCAGAUAUCUUGAGCUCGUUUUGACCAAUCUUGAGAACUUCGAAACUCUGAGCGCAAACUCAGAUACUGCCUGGGAGAAGUCGUAUAUCUUGCUUCUAUGGCUGACUCACUUGAUGCUUGUGCCAUUCGACCUCAGCUCGAUAUCAGCUGUUGCUCAGCCUCCCAAAGUUCAUGAGCACAUGUCUCUACGGCCACAGGUCCCCUCGAUCGCACGACGCGUUAUAGCUUUGGGUGUCCAUUACCUCGCAAGCGCUACGCGGGAACAAGAUGCUGCAGCCAAAAUGCUUGUACGUCUAGUCACUAGACCUGAUAUGCAACGCCUCGGACUACCUGCUGCACUCGUGUCUUGGGCAUUGACUAAGAUCCUGAAUCCGUCUGCUUCGCCAAAUUCCAACCUUCAUACUUUCUUGGGCCCACUUCGAUUCUUGGUAGGAAUGACGGUGUCGGUCGACACACCGGAAGUUGCGAGUCUCAUGCCAUCCAUCUACUCUGUUGGUCAGAGACUCAUGGACGACGCGAUGCUUGCAUUUCUAAGCUCCUCUGCUGUUACAAAGAAGCUCGUCGUCAAGUUACUGCGUAACGUGGCUUUGUUGAGCUUGCAAUCCUCGUUCGACAGCCUCAUCGACUUNUUUGAGACAUCUGGUGUUUUGGAAGAGACAAUCGAGUACUGUUUACAGUCACUUGAGGAUCGCGAUACGCCGGUCAGAUUUGCAGCCAGUAAAGCACUGAGUAUGAUCAUUUUACGACUCGACCCAGAGAUGGGUUAUGAAGUCAUCCAAGCAGUGCUCGAGAGCUUUAAGGAAGACAUGCCCAAGUCUUCCUCAAAACCUGAUUUCGGAGCUGCAAAUGCGUUGAGGUGGCAUGGUCUGACUUUGACACUGGCACAUGCAUUAUUCAGAAGGUCGGCAUCGCCGCAGCAACUCCCCGAGAUCCUGAAUGCUCUAUUAUUAGCACUCAGUUUUGAACAGAUAUCUGCUGUUGGUGUAAGCACUGGAAGCAACGUCCGUGAUGCCGCAUGUUUCGGAAUCUGGUCAUUAUCUCGAAGGUAUACCACCAAGGAACUGUUGUCAACCGAUACAUCCCAGAUCGGAUUUGAAUUCUGUCAAAACGCUAGAUCUAUCAUUCAAGUCGUUGCUAUCCAGCUUCUACUUUCUGCUUGCUUGGAUCCUUCCGGCAAUAUUAGAAGAGGAUCAUCAGCUGCUUUACAGGAGCUAAUUGGUAGGCAUCCUGAUCAAGUCAGCAAUGGUAUCUCCCUCGUUCAAGUAGUCGACUACCACGCAGUUGGACUCCGGCAGCGCGCCAUGGUGGACGUGGCUCGAGAUGCUGCGAAUCUCGAUACCAUCUAUCGAGAGGCACUGCUUGCCGCGCUCGGGAAGUGGAGAGGUCUUGGGUCUACUGAUAUCCUCUCUCGCGAGGCCGCCGCAGAGUCUGUUGGUCUGCUAUGCGCUCCUCAACUACCUCAACAUGUCCGUAUCACGCUUGAGCACUUACAGCAAUGUCUUUCUACAUUUCCAGAUUCUGACAUCGAACAAUGCCAUGGUUCCUUACUUGCUUUGUCAAGCAUCGUUGACACUAAAAUGCUUGGGUGUUCCCAAGGCGGCAACCUAGAUACGGGCAUGGAAGAUAUGACACAUUUGCUGUCUUUAUGGAAGCUGUUUGAUGAGGACGAAAAGCUCUAUAAGAACCAAACUUCACGGGCUACACGUGCAGAGUUGCCAUCCGCUGUUGCCAGGCUCUUAGCAUCUUUAUCAGAGCUGUCUCUACUACUCAAGACGGACUGUGUAGAUCUAUCAUCACAGACACCCAAGUUGAGUUCGAUCGUGUCCGCUUUAAUCGCUUCUUCAGAUACUUCCGUCUUGCAAGUCCUACCGCGUCUGGUAAGAGCACUCUCACGACUGAGUCAAUCAGGCAUCUUGAAGACUCCGAUCCUCAAUCUUGCAGAAUGUCUUGCCAAAAUCGCGCACGAUGCGUCAGGUAUGGUCUUGCAAGGUUCAGGGCGUGUCAUUGUUCUCGGCUCGGCAUUUCCAUGGUUGCAAGAUAUCUAUCAUUGCAAUCGAAUCGUAGCUUGCGAUCUUCUCUCAGAUAUGAUUCAAACAGCACCUCUGACUGAAUGGCGCAUCGUUGGGCUACAAGCCGUGAAUCUCAUGAUCCAAGCAGAUACUAUUGGUGCUGAUGUCUUGCCUGGAGUCCUCUCUGCUCUCGACGCUGGUCUCAAUGACUACACUGUUACUGAAAGGGGAGACGUUGGAUCACUGGUGCGAACACAGGCGAUACAGUGCGUUCGAAGCAUGUGGAAGCCAACCGAGACACGAAUCGAUUCAGAAUCCCAACGUCUUCUAGAAGGAAACGUUAUUCGCUUAGCUCUUGAGAAGAUGGACAGGGUACGAUUCCAAGCUGCAAGAUGCCUGAAACAGGACCUCGGAUCGGAAAGCGUUUCCGAUGUGGAUGUGACGAGUUACCAGUACUUUUUGAAUCUAUUCGCGCCCUUGAACGAUGAUCCGCCUAGCUGGAAGCGUGACGCGAUCCUGAAAGGAAGUAUAUCGUGCGCUGGAGUGGGUGCAGAAGGGUUACUACGAGCCUCUCGCAUGGCUUUGGUCGACAUGUUAUCAAGAGGAAAUGACAGCAUGAGAUUUGAUUGUUUGUCUGCUCUGACAAAUUGCUUGAGAGAGUUCAUAGCGAAAGAGGCUGAGACUCAACCUCUCUUAGAGCUCACCGCGUACCUACUGGAUUCGCUCCCCUCUAUUGUGUCUCUCGACAGCCCCUUCAAUUGGCGAGUCCUACUAUCCUUGGUUCAAAAAGCGCAUUUCAAAUCCAACAACAUCCCGAGAAUACUGGCCGCCGUCGAGGUCUACCAGGCACUGGCUGAAAAGUCGCCUGCCCGUGCCGACACUCUGAAGAAGCUUGUCAGCAUGCUGAGAACGAACCCAUAUCCAACAGUCCGAAAUGCAGUGGCUGACUGCUUGUUCCUUGCAACAGGCGAUCAAGCCCUGAAAAACAUUGACUGGAACAAGCCUUCGCAGGCCUACAAACUACAAUGUACAGGUUGA